CGGCAGCUUUCUCCUCUCGUCCUGCUCCUCUCCCCCCGAAACCCUAGCCGCUCCACUGCUCCGAUCGACCCCUCUCCUCUCGUACUGCUACCCUUGGCGCUCCACUGCUUCAUCGACCCCAUGGCGGCGCCAGCCUCCUCCACAGUCAGCGCCAUGAUGCGGAAAGUUCUAUUCGAGGCCGCCGCAGCAGACAAUCUCUCCGCCUUCGAAGCGCUGGUGACGGUGGUGGACGACGGCAUGGGCCACCCCAAAGAGGCCAUUGAGGCGCUGAGGUAUCAGGAGGCAGAGGGCUUGGAAGAUCUUGGGGUCCUUCACGCUGCUGCCUCCGCAGGGAGUUUGGAGGUCUGCAUGUACUUAAUCGAGGAGCUUCUGUUUGAUGUGAAUUGCAUGGACUCCCAAGGUAGAACGCCUCUGUUAGUUGCCAUUCUUGGUAAGGGUGUAGACAUUGUCAAUUAUCUUUUUACUCAAGGAGCCGACCCAAACAAAGCCAGCGAUGAUGGCCUUUCCCCGUUGCACUUAGCAGCUGGAUCAGGAGACCUGAAAGCUGUUGAACUUUUACUUCAAAAUGGGGCUGAUGUAGAUGCAGUAGCAUUUUGUGGAACACCACUGCACUGUGCUGCUACAAAAGAUCAUGCAGGAGCUAUGAAAAUGCUGUUGGAUCAUAAUGCAGAUUGCAACAGAAUGGUAAAUGGUAAGACACCCCUCACAGCCGCUAGAGAAGCUGAUUCAAAGAAUUGCGUCCUUCUGCUUUCAACGGAGGAGGUGGUCUCAGAGGGGAGCGGCAAUACCAAGAAGCGCCUGCUCAAGGAUAGCACCAAGGACAAUGUGGCCCUGGACUCGGAGUUUUUCUCUCAGUGUUAUGGCGAUUUUCCUGAAGAAAUCUUCCAGUGCCAGCGUACCUUAAAAAGACAAAGGGCAGAAAUUUCAGAGCUCAGCUCAGACGCUGCUGGUGGCACUGUUAUGGUACAGGGGUUCGCCGAGAGCGUUAGCAAGAAGAAUAAGAAGUUGGCACUUGUUGUGUUGCGCGAUGGCCCUCACACAGUCAAAUGCGUCGUGUCUACGGAUAUAAUUGGCGUAGAUGGCGACAUGGUAUCAUAUGUUGGGAAACUUACUAAGGAAAGUUAUAUAGAGGUGCAUGGCGUGGCCAGGUUCAGUACAAGCAAUCAGGCCGAGUUGGAUGUGAGCAAGUUAUACUGUAUCUCAAGGGCACUAGCUCCAUUGAUAUUACAUCUUGAGGAUGCUGCUCGAGGAGCGCAUGUGAAACAUGACAAGAAUAUGAAGAAGCUUGCACAUGCCGCGCUGAAUGUACGUUUGAACAAAAGAUUCCUGGACUUGCGGACCAACCCUACCCGCUCGAUUUUUCAGAUCCAAAGCGCAGUGACGUUAAAAUUUGCAGAAAUAAUGGCAAGCAAUAAUUUCAUGAACAUACACACUCCAAAGUUAACCCCGGAGAUUAGCAGUGAGGGAGGAGCUGCAGUUUUCAAGUUGGCAUAUCCCAAUGGGGCUGUUGCAGCACUUGCGCAAUCACCGCAGUUAUACAAGCAGAUGACCCUAAAUGGCGGGUUCAAGAAAGUGUUCGAGAUUGGUCAUGUUUAUCGAGCAGAGAAGUCGAAGACUCAUCGACAUCUGUGUGAAUAUGUUGGCCUUCAUGCAGAGAUGGAAAUAAGUGAGGAUUAUAUGGAGGUCUGCCAUUUGGUUGAUUCUCUAUUUGUUCAGGUCUUUGAUCAUUUGAAGGAAAACUAUCAAGACGAAAUAAAUUUCAUAAAGGAGCAAUACCCAUGUGUAGAUCUUCAGUAUCAUCCCAAGACGCUGAUGCUAAAGUACAGAGAAGGAAUACAGAUGCUAAAAGACUCUGGGUUCGAAAUUGAGGAAUUUGAUGAUCUCAGUGACAUGGCUGAGAAAGAACUUGGGAAGCUGGUCCUUGAUAUGUUUGGUACUGAUUUCUUUAUCCUCUACGAAUAUCCUCUGGCAUUAAGGCCAUUCUAUACAAUGCCCUGUGCCGAGAUGGUGGAUACUGAUGCUACCCAUAGAUACAGCAAUUCGUUUGAUGCUUUCAUCAGAGGCCAGGAGGUUCUAUCAGGAUCUCAAAGGAUCCAUAAUGGCCUUAUACUGCUGCGAAGGAUCAAACAAUGUGGGCUAGAUCUCACGGCAUUUAAAUCGUUCGUGGAAACGUUCAGAUAUGGUGCACCGCCUCGUGGUGGGUUUGGGGCAGGUUUAGAGCGCUUUGUUAUGCUAUACUUAGGGUUGCCAGAAAUCAAGAUGGCAUCGUUGUUUCCACGGGAUUGCCAACGCUUGAAGCCCUAAGAUUUAUAGUCAAACCUUGUAACUGUUUGAACUGGAAUGCUCAAGUGUAGUCAUAUACCUUAAAGUCUUACUGUGAAGUGUAUCUGGUGCUCCUCUGCAACUGUAUACCGCCAU